CGGCCAGGAACACGCACAAACAAGAACCGAAACUAUGUCAUUUGCGCACUCGCAUCAAAUAAACUUCCUUCCGAACGUUCCUCGCACGCUCUCCGCGAAUAGAACACGCCGGAGAGUCGCGCACACUGCGGCAAAGAUAGGAGAACCUGUCGAACGAGGGUACAUCGAUUCACUGCCCCCAGAUCGAGCUGCACGACGUGCAGGAAUAAUUAUGCACCCAACCUCCCUUCCUGGACGGUACGGCAUCGGUGACAUGGGACGUGAAGCAUAUGCCUUCGUCGACUGGCUUGCUAGCGCUAAGAUGCAGAUUUGGCAAGUGCUUCCACUCGUUCCACCUGGACGUCCAAUUCCUGGUAUCAGAGAGGACUAUUGGUCUCCGUACUCUGGGCGUGAUGCACACUGUGGCAACACACUAAUCAUCUCCCUGGACGAGCUAGUCAAGGAAGGGCUGCUCGCGAGUGGAGAGCUCCCCGAGGAAUCCAGCUUACUGAGCAACGUAGACUUUCAAAAAGUAGCGGAAGUUAACGAACCUCUGAUCUCGAUUGCUGCCAGACGUCUCCUAAAUAAACCAAACACUGACCCAAUGAAACUGGCUUUCAAUGAGUGGCGCGUCCGCCUUGAGAUCAGCUCGUGGUUGAAUGAGGCUGCUCUUUUUGAUGCAAUUUGUCACGAACCUGACAAUAUUGGAAAGGAUUGGUGGGACUGGCCUGACGCUUUUCGUCGGCGAGAACCUGCAGCCCUUGAGGCAAAACGCGCAGCUUCUGCUGCAUACAUUGACGAAUUUUGCGCUACACAGUUUAUUUUCGACAGACAAUGGUUAGCGCUUAAAAACUAUGCAAAUCUGAAAGGUAUUUCUAUCGUUGGAGAUAUGCCUAUCUAUGUUGGUGGCCAUUCUGCUGAUGUUUGGGCAAACCAAGCACUUUUUUCGCUAGGACCAGAUUGCAAGCCUUUAGCCGUUGCUGGAGUACCCCCAGAUGCGUUUAGCGAGGAUGGUCAGCUUUGGGGAAGUCCCCUUUACGACUGGCCGAUGCACGAUGCGCAUGGUUAUAAAUGGUGGGCUGGUCGCCUCGGAAGGGCUCUAGAACUUCAUGAUGAAGUGCGCAUUGAUCAUUUUAGAGCUUUUGCUGCUUACUGGUCAGUUCCAGCAGAUGCCAAGACGGCAAAGAGUGGCGAAUGGAUUGUAGGUCCAGGGGAAAAGUUCUUCAAAGGCAUCAAAGAUGCACUCGGUGAUGCCCCCAUCGUUGCAGAAGAUCUUGGUGUUAUUACCAAGGACGUCGUCGAACUCCGGGAAGCUAUUGGUGCGCCUGGCAUGGUUGUAUUGCAGUUUGCUUGGGGUGGAGAUGGGCAUUCCCCGCAUUUGCCGCACAACCACUAUGAAAACUCAUUCUGCUAUCCCGGUACACAUGACAACGAGACAACCCAAGGUUGGUAUGAACAACUAGAUGACACCACAAAACUCUUCCUGUCCUCUUAUGCUGGCAUUACUGAAACAGAGGGGGCUGCCUGGGGUUUUAUCCGGCUAAGCAUGUCAAGCGCGAGCAAGUCCUGUGUUUUUACGAUGCAAGAUGUCCUCGGUCUCGAUAAUACUGCUAGGAUGAAUACCCCAGGUGUAGCUCGCGGAAAUUGGGCGUGGCGUGUUCACUCACCAGAAAUAUUUGCCAUUAAUGGUGUUGAAGCAAUGAAACUUUCUAAGCUCGCAUACUUGUACGCCCGUGUUGCUGAAAGUGGGCCGCAAGCCUCAGAAAAGAGGUCAGAGAAUGAAAAAGGGGUGCCAGAUAAUGCUGCAGAUAAGGUAGCGACAGAUUUGAAAGCUCGAAUGAGAAUCUUUUUGGAUUUGCUUUGAGGUAGUAGUAUUUGUUUCUCUAUAUUCAGAGGAGAUCGACAGCCUAAUCAUGUAACUUGGGUUGAUACUGCUGCGUGGUUCGCUGAAUUCGCGAAGUAAUUACACUUUGAUUUAUUUGAUUUAUUUUCUGAAGUGAACUUCAACAUGCUUAUUCAACUCUAAAAGAACAUAAGCGCGCGCACAUGCCUGUAGCCUCUUUGUGUCCAUUGUCAGACAAUCAAUCAACCGGAAAUGAUCCGCCUCGAGAACCCUGGAAUAACUGACGUUUUGCUCUGAUACGGUGUUUUUUUGGCAAAACAAUGUUCUGCAACUGAUAUUCUUUGUGGUUUCUGGAAGCUCUGAACAAAAGCAAGCUUUUUCCAAUUACAAAAGAAUGCUCCUCAAGUUCUCGAGUUACAAAAGACUUCUUCGAUGUUUGAUCAGAGCCUAUAGGUUUUAGUUGUAAAUAGCUUGGUCGAAUCUGUACGUUUCUUUGCACCGUUUUUUUGUAAAGAACAUAUUCCAGGUGUUCAUGCACGCAUCCGGAACCACUCCCAAGUAGCAAGUUUCUACAUUUUUUGGCAGCAUACAAUACAAAUGGCUCUUCAGAGAGCAAUUGGCGUCUGUCAAACGGAUAAUGCGCUUUAAUCGAGGUUUGCAGUGAUGCUUCAAUCGAAUUUCCUUGGGCAGGCGGUGUUCCAGGAUUGAGCAGUGCUGAACUUCCCAACGUUCUACACAAGUAUAUCAACCCUGAAAAAGGAGAAGUUUCAUCUGGCACUUUUCUCAAGUGAUUUCUCUCUGGAAUAUAAAUAGGUCCAGUUUCGUCAGUAUGACCCCAAAUUACUGGUAAGCCAUACAAAAACGGUUCGAACUUGCAAACAGAAACUCUGCUAAGCAACUCUGAAGACAAAAAUGGCAUGAUAUUUAGUGACUGGGUCACACGCCAGUGGUAGUCAAACAACUCCC